AUGGGCAAGGUGUUUAUGUACUAUUUGUCAGGUGCCAGCAUAUUCAGUUGCAAGAAGUGUAAAGUACAUCUUGCGCUGAAUGAUCAUUUGAUAUCAACUGAGUUCACAGGGAAGUAUGGACAAGCCUUCCUCUUUGGUGAAUGUGUAAAUGUUAUUGUUGGCGAGAGUGAAGAUAGGAACCUGUUGACAGGUAUGCACGUCGUCGCAGAUAUAUAUUGUGUACAGUGUGAUGAACAACUUGGAUGGAAAUAUGAGUUUGCCAAGGACGAAUCACAGAAAUAUAAAGUUGGGAAGUUUAUUCUGGAGAGAGAGAGGAUACAAAAGGAGAAUUGGAUAUAG